CCGCGCUGCCCUGGGGGGCGGAGCAGCCCGUCUCAGCCCCCGCCCGAGCUCAGCCGCGCGGCUCCGGGCCCCGAGCGCAGGUGGUACCGCGCGGCGUGCGAUGCCCCGACCGCCCCCGGAGCGUGGGUUGAGCGGAGUCCGCUUGAGAUCGGAACCCGCUAUUCCACUGGGGCACGGCGCCGUAACGGCGCUUCAGCGGAGCGGUGGAAUGGGAACUUUCGGGCGCGCGAUGUCAUUGCGUCGCACGCAAGUUUCUCGGUAAAGGGUUAAGCGCAUACAUAAGUAAAUACGACUUCCAUAUUCCUCGCGCUCUUCGCUCGCGAAAAGACUUCUGCAAACACGAAGCUAUGCCUGUUCCAGACCAGCCCUCGUCUUCUGAUAAGACAAGCUCCCUCAGUCCUGUGCUGAACACAUCCAAUGGGGAUGGCUCUGAAACUGAGACAACGUCUGCCAUUCUAGCAUCAGUUAAAGAACAGGAACUACAGUUUGAGAGACUGACUCGAGAGCUUGAGGCUGAACGUCAAAUUGUAGCAAGCCAACUGGAGCGAUGUAAACUUGGAUCAGAAACUGGAAGCAUGAGCAGCAUUAGUUCAACGGAAGAGCAGUUUCACUGGCAAACACAAGAUGGUCAAAAGGAUAUAGAAGAUGAGCUCACUACAGGUCUGGAGCUGGUGGAUUCCUGUAUUAGAUCACUGCAAGAAUCAGGGAUACUUGAUCCACAGGACUAUUCAGCCAGUGAAAGGCCCAGCCUCCUCUCACAGAGUGCUCUGCAGCUCAACACCAAGCCCGAGGGCUCCUUCCAGUACUCAGCCAGCUACCACAGCAACCAGACCCUUGCCCUGGGCGAGACGGCAGCUGCCCCACUCCCAGCCCGCAGCACUCAACCCAGAGGUGCCAUCCAGAGCUACAGCCAGCAGGGCCCGGGGAGCCGCGGCGCCCAGCCGGGCGGCCCGGAGCCGCCGCCGCCCGCCGCCCCGCAACCGCGGGAGCCCUUCGCGCCCAGCCAUGGCAGCGCCUUCCACCUGCCCGAGCCCCAGCACGCCGCCGCGCUCUACUACGCCAGCUCCACGCUGCCGGCGCAGCGGGUGAGCUCCCCGCUGCCCAUGCAGCCCGGCGGCUCCCCCACCAAGCUGCCGCGGGCCGGCUCCGCCGCCGAGGGCGCCGCCUACGCCGGCGCGCAGCGCCUCUCCUCCCCGAAGCAGUCCCCCAGCCGCCUGGCCAAGUCCUACAGCACCAGCUCGCCCAUCAACAUCGUCGUCUCCUCGGCGGGACUGUCGCCGUCCCCCAUCCGAGUGACCUCCCCGCCCACCGUCCAGUCUAACAUUUCCUCCUCUCCUAUCCACCAGUUAAGCUCCACCAUCGGCACUUACGCCACUCUGUCGCCCACCAAGCGGCUGGUUCACGCUGCCGAGCAGUACAGCAAGCACUCCCAGGAGCUGUACGCCACCGCCACCCUGCAGAGGCCCGGCUCCCUCGCAGCUGGGUCUCGGGCAUCUUACAGCAGCCAGCACAGCCACCUUGGCUCCGAGUUAAGGGCACUACAGUCUCCAGAACAUCAUAUAGAUCCUAUUUACGAAGACAGAGUUUAUCAGAAGCCCCCUAUGAGGAGUCUCAGCCAGAGUCAGGGGGACCCUCUGCAACCAGCACACACAGGCACAUAUCGCACUAGUACAGCCCCAUCUUCCCCUGGUGUCGACUCCGUACCCUUACAGCGCACAGGCAGUCAACACGGCACACAGAACGCAACCGCGACCUUCCAGAGGGCCAGCUAUGCUGCAGGCCCAGCCUCCAAUUACGCAGACCCCUACCGACAGCUGCAGUAUUGUCCUUCUGUUGAAUCACCAUACAGCAAAUCUGGGCCAGCCAUCCCACCUGAGGGGACCUUGGCUAGGUCACCUUCCAUUGAUAGCAUUCAGAAAGAUCCCAGAGAGUUUGGAUGGCGAGAUCCAGAGCUUCCAGAAGUUAUACAGAUGUUACAGCAUCAGUUUCCAUCGGUACAGUCCAAUGCUGCAGCCUACUUACAGCACCUCUGUUUUGGAGACAAUAAAAUAAAAGCAGAGAUAAGAAGACAAGGCGGAAUACAAUUACUGGUGGACCUAUUGGACCAUCGGAUGACAGAAGUCCACCGUAGUGCCUGUGGAGCUUUGAGAAAUUUGGUGUAUGGGAAAGCAAAUGACGACAACAAAAUAGCUCUGAAAAACUGUGGUGGUAUUCCAGCAUUAGUACGGUUACUCCGCAAGACUACAGAUUUGGAAAUCAGAGAACUGGUCACAGGAGUUCUCUGGAAUCUAUCUUCCUGUGAUGCACUGAAAAUGCCAAUCAUCCAGGAUGCCCUCGCAGUGUUGACCAAUGCAGUGAUCAUCCCACACUCUGGAUGGGAAAACUCUCCGCUCCAGGAUGAUCAUAAAAUACAGCUUCAUUCAUCACAGGUGCUGCGCAAUGCCACUGGGUGCCUAAGGAAUGUCAGCUCUGCUGGAGAGGAGGCCCGCAGAAGGAUGAGGGAGUGUGAUGGCCUGACGGAUGCAUUGCUGUACGUGAUCCAGUCUGCUCUGGGGAGCAGUGAAAUUGAUAGUAAGACCGUUGAAAACUGUGUGUGCAUUUUGAGGAACCUCUCAUACAGGCUAGCUGCAGAAACAUCUCAGGGACAGCAGAUGGGAACAGAUGAACUUGAUGGAUUACUCUGUGGUGAUGCCAAUGGAAAAGAUGCAGAGAGUUCAGGAUGCUGGGGGAAGAAGAAGAAGAAAAAGAAAUCACAGGAUCAGUGGGAUGGAGUAGGACCUCUCCCAGACUGUGCAGAACCACCCAAAGGAAUCCAGAUGCUGUGGCACCCUUCAAUAGUCAAACCCUACCUCACACUUCUUUCUGAGUGCUCAAAUCCAGACACGCUGGAGGGGGCAGCAGGGGCACUGCAGAACUUGGCUGCUGGGAGUUGGAAGUGGUCAGUGUAUAUCCGUGCUGCUGUCCGCAAAGAAAAAGGACUGCCAAUCCUGGUAGAACUGCUUCGAAUAGACAAUGACCGGGUGGUAUGUGCAGUUGCUACAGCUUUACGAAACAUGGCCUUAGAUGUCAGAAAUAAGGAGUUAAUAGGCAAAUAUGCCAUGAGGGAUCUGGUCCACCGACUGCCAGGCGCUAACAACAGCAACAGCUCAGCGAGCAAGGCCAUGUCUGAUGACACCGUUACUGCCAUUUGCUGCACGCUGCAUGAAGUCAUCACUAAGAACAUGGAGAAUGCCAAGGCCUUACGAGACGCAGGCGGCAUUGAGAAACUGGUUGGCAUAUCUAAGAGUAAAGGAGACAAGCAUUCGCCAAAAGUGGUGAAAGCAGCAUCUCAGGUCCUCAAUAGUAUGUGGCAGUACAGAGACCUGAGAAGUCUCUACAAGAAGUGGGCGGCCCCAAGCUUCAGUGUGGCUGAGGACAGAGGAUUUUCACCAACCCACCACUCUGGGUCAUGGCACGCUCAGCAUACUCUCUCCCAGAGCCAAGAAACCAGAAUCUAUUCCCCAUCCCAGGAUGGAUGGUCACAGUAUCACUUUGUAGCCUCAUCUUCAACGAUAGAAAGAGAUCGGCAAAGACCGUACUCUUCAUCACGCACGCCCUCCAUCUCUCCCGUGCGCAUGUCUCCUAACAACCGCUCAGCAAGUGCCCCAGCCUCACCUCGGGAAAUGAUCAGCCUAAAAGAAAGGAAAACAGACUAUGAAUCAACUGGAACAAACGCCACUUACCAUGGAAGUAAGGGAGAACACACUUCUAGGAAAGACACCAUGACAGCAAGAGUCAGCUGCUCACUGAAGCAUGGCACAGCGGGAAUGGAGUUCCCAGGAAUGCCGCCUGCGUGUUCUGAAGCAGCUCAGAACACUGGAAUCUCAACUUUGUACAGAAAUUCUUACGGUGCACCUGCUGAAGAUAUCAAACACAACCAGGUUUCAACACAGCCAGUUCCACAGGAGCCCAGCAGAAAAGAUUACGAACCAUAUCAGCCGUUUCAGAAUUCAACCAGAAACUAUGAUGAGUCCUUCUUUGAGGACCAAGUGCAUCAUCGUCCACCCACAAGUGAAUACAACAUGCACCUGGGACUAAAGUCAACUGGCAACUAUGUCGACUUCUAUUCAGCUGCUCGUCCCUAUAGUGAACUUAACUAUGAAACAAGCCACUAUCCAGCCUCUCCCGACUCCUGGGUUUGAGACUUGGGCAGAUACAAAAGCUCCAGGAACUGUGCAUGUGCAUGCAUACCACAAGACAUUUUUUUCCUGCAAAUUUAGUUUGUUAAAGCCUGUUCCAUAGGAAGGCCCAGAUAACCAGUGUGGAAAAAAAUUAAGAGAUUUUUUUAGAAGGCUAAAAGAAAUGAAAGCUAAACCUGGGAGUAAUUAGAAAGAAAUAUAUAUGCUAUAUAUAUAUUUUACAGCGUAGGACAACUUUAGUGUUGGCCAGUAGAGUCCUAAGUCUGUUGCUGUGUAUUGAACGUGGCUGAAAGAAGGAGGGAGAAUAUGGCAGUGGAUGUGGGUCAAGAGUUAAGCACAAGUAACUGAGCAGCGUACAUACUCUAUGGGGAACAGCUUCUCACACUUUGUUUAAUAUCCUCAUUCAUUGUGACUCUAGGCUUCAAGUUGCAUUUGGGGUUUCCUCUGUACAGCAAGAUGUUUCUUGCCUUUUGUUAAUGCAUUGUUGUAAAGUAUUUGAUGUACAUUACAGAUAAAAAAGGAAAAAACCAAGUGCAUUGUGUAUAUUACACCAAUGCCGCAGUGUUUCUUCAUCUAUGGUUCUAAAUAUUGCUUCAAUUUCAAUUUUUGAAAGAUGUAUGAAUUUCCAGUUUUUUGUUUUUCUUUUCCCCAGUGCGUUUUAACAAAAAAAAAAAAAAAAAAGGAAAACAAAAAAAAGAAAAAAAAAGAAAAAAAAACAAACAAAAAGGAAUAUUUAGCAGUAUUGUUUGUUCUGAUAUGUGAAUUUGUUUGUGGCAACUAAAAAAAAAAAGGCAUUCAGCAGUUUCUGACAAUUAACAUUCAUCAUUCCACACUCCUUGUCAACAAAGUGCUUUUUCACUGCCUAAAAUUUUAGAUGUAGAUAUUUGAAAUAGAUUUUUUUCAUUUAUACCAGUUUUCUUUAUGAUGAUACAGUGUUAAAAGAAAAUAAAUUACAAUUGAUCUGUCAUCCAUAUUUGCUAAGAAUGUCUAUUUCCAAGAAUCUACCAUACAAAUAUACAUUCUUACUCAUGUGUGUCCACGUAUGCAUAGUACUGUAUGUGUGUGUAUGUGUUUGAGUGUGUGUGUUUGUGUGGUAUAAGACCUAUUUUCAUCCACUGUUUUCCUUGUUCCAGCUUCAGCUUUUGUUUGAUUUUCAGUUCUUUUAAACAGUGGAAACUCCAGUAUGUGCUUUCUCUUGCUCACUUUAUUAACCAUAGAUAGCAGUUCAAAAUUAUUAGGCCACAUACUCACAAAGGAAUGGGUUGUAGGAUAUUUUUCAUUGAAUCCUUCACCCUCAGGUGCCAUUUCCUUUAAAAUAGCAUCUCUUGAUCUUCUCUCGAGGAAAGAAACGUCAUUACUUUCCAGCCACCAACCAGCAAGUGCUCAAGGAAGAGAGAGUUUGAUCUUGCCAUCUCCUUGGGGGGAAUGGAAAACCAAGACCCAGCAGGCUAAGGCCUGGAGUCUCCAAGCUCUUCAGGCUACAGAAGGGUCCAACUCCUGAACCAUUAGGACAAUCAUUUACUUUAACCCAUACCAAAAAGAAAACCCACCACCCAAAACACAUUCCUCAAAUAUGAAAGAUACUGACCAUUUCUGUGCAUUUAAAACAAAACCAUUAAAAAAUUAAAAAAAAAAAA